CGUCACUCCACGCCUUGUUUUCACACAUCUGCUAGCUCUUGCGAUUUAUUUGUGUCGUAUGUGAAUUGUGAUCGGAUUGACAUCUUCACUAUCCUGCUAUUCUUCACGUUUUGAAAUUAUUAUUUAAUUAAUUUAUUAGUCAAGUGCAAUGGGUUGCGAUGGUGGUACAAUCCCACGAAGAGAUGAGCUCGUACGAAUAAAAAAGAAGCCUGAACAAAAAGAUAAAGAUGCAGAAAGAGCAUUUCGAUGGCGUCAUUGUUCAAUCCGUCAACUACCGCUGCAGCAGCCAGUAGUGGCUUGUUCCCUUGGUCAUCUUUACAGCAAAGAAUCUGUCCUAGAAGGUCUGCUGGAUCGGACGAUGCUUCCAGAGUCGGCAGAACAUAUUAAGAAUCUGAAAGAUGUGAAAAACUUGAACCUGACAUCAAAUCCAGCUUAUGAUGCAAACUUGGCUGAAAAAGGUGAUGGAUACGUUGAUGGAGGUAAAAGCCCUUACAUAUGCCCUGUCAUUGGCCUUGAGAUGAACGGAAAAUACAAAUUCUGCUUCCUCUGGACCUGUGGAUGUGUCAUGAGUGAAAGGGCUCUGAAGCAAGUCAAAUCUUCGGUGUGCCACAGGUGUCAAGAAGCUUUUGAGCCGGAUGAUGUUGUAAUAUUGAACGCGGAAGGUGAAGACUUGGAAAAAAUGAAUGAAAACAUGCUAAAACGUAAGGCACAAAAGAAGGGAAAGAAAAAAAGAUCGAAUCCUGAGGAGGUAAGCACCACAACGUCUGAGGGAGAAAAAGUUUCAAAGAAAAAGAUCAAAAAGGAGGAGAAAACAAAUACAGGAAAGGAAAAGAGCAGAAGAACAGAAGCGGAAGAUCCAGCCUACAAAAAGUCCAAAGAGGAUUACAGCGUUGCCAAGGAUCCCAAUGCAACCGAAGUAUUGAAAAGUAUUUUCACAACCCACAAAUCCGCUGCUGAACAGACCCGAGCACAUUGGGUUACGUACAAUCCAUUUUACAAUUAGACUCAUUUAGAUUUUACGACAAUUGAAUUGAUAACAAAAUUGAAGAUUAAAAGAGACUCGGUAUUUCCAGAAAAAAAUUUCUUGAAUAUUGAUUAUGAACAAUGACAAAAUAAUAUUCAAUAAAUAAAGGAGAGAUCAACUGUUAAAUAUUGGUAACAAAAUAUUUUAAAGUGAAUCCUAGAAAAUAGGGUGAACAAUAAAAAUGAAUUGAAGUCAAACGUUUAAAAUAAAAAAAAUAUUAUUUCGAAAUCAUACAAAAAAUCAUAAACGUAAGAGUUUAAAUGAAAAUCAAUGAAAAUAUUCGAAAAAACUACAAUUGUAAAGCAUUGGUAACACAAAUGAACAGAAAAAAUAAUAAUUCACAUUGAAUCUCAA